GGUGACUGGAUCCGCGCGUCCGUCCAAGCGCAGCAGAGCAUCAGGUGCGCACCGAAACGCACGGGGCUGGAGAGAUUUCAACAGAAACAUGAACCUGCGUGUUGGUUUUAUUGCAGACAAACGUGGAUUUGAAACGGUACGGCAUGAGAAAGAAAGGCAGCCACGUCGUGCGUAAAUGGAAAAGCCCUUCGAUUACGACUUUUAAGAACUGUGCCAUGCGUAACACAGCAACUUUUUAUCAUUUUUAGCCGCCAAUCGUAAAUAUGAACUUCUCGGAUGCUGUAUGGCUCUACGAGGAGCCUUGGAACAUUAGCAGAGGGGAGGAAGAAGAUCAUAAACUUUUAUUUGGCAUUGGCGCGGAUAAUUUCAUCACGCUCCUCGUGUUUGGACUUAUCUUUACGCUCGGAGUGCUUGGGAACUCUAUGGUCAUCACAGUAUUGGCCAAAAGCAAGCCGGGAAAACCACGAAGCACUACCAAUAUUUUCAUCCUCAAUCUAAGUAUAGCUGACCUGUCCUACCUGCUCUUCUGCAUCCCCUUUCAAUCAACUAUUUACAUGAUGCCAACUUGGGUCCUCGGUGCGUUCAUAUGUAAAUUCAUUCACUAUUUCUUUACUGUUUCCAUGCUCGUGAGCAUAUUUACGCUGUCUGCUAUGUCCGUGGACCGCUACAUUGCGAUCGUUCACUCAAGAAAGUCUUCAUCCAUCCGCGUGGCCAAACAUGCGUUAAUCGGAGUAGUGGUCAUUUGGAUACUGUCGCUGGCCAUGGCUGCGCCCAUCAUGUAUUACCAGAACAUAUUCCUCAGAGGUGAGAACCACACGUACUGCUGGGAAGUGUGGCCGGAUCAAAACCAGAAGAAGAUUUAUGUCGUGUGUACAUUUGUGUUUGGUUAUGUGUUGCCUCUGCUCCUCAUCUCCUUCUGUUAUGCGAAGGUUUUAAAUCAUUUACACAAAAAGCUAAGAAACAUGUCCAAAAAGUCAGAGGCAUCAAAGAAAAAGACUGCCCAGACAGUGCUGGUGGUGGUGGUAGUCUUCUGCAUCUCCUGGCUGCCUCAUCAUGUGGUGCACUUGUGGGUGGAAUUUGGAAAGUUCCCUCUGAACCAGGCCUCCUUUGUGCUGCGUGUUGCCGCUCACUGUCUGGCCUACAGCAACUCGUCGGUCAACCCGGUCAUCUACGCCUUCCUGUCCGAGAACUUCAGGAAAGCUUACAAGCAAGUGUUCAAAUGCCAGAUCGGUACGAGCGACUCCCCACUUAACGAUAUCAAGGAGAUACGUAGCAAGCCGGAAACGCCGCCGUCUACUAACUGCACCAAUGUCUGACUUGGGAGGGGCAAUUUAACAUUCACAAUUAAUUUGUUGCUGACAUCAUUAUGACUUUCUAUUGCUAAUUGUGGCUGCUUGAAUUUGAAAUCGGCAGCACUUAUUCCACAUAAGCGCUGUUUGGUAUAUUGAGUCUUGUUAUGUUCUUGGAAAUCAUAAUUAAUAACAGAAUCCUUUCAUGUAACCCCUUUUCUUUUCUGAUAUAAACAAUGGAACAAGAUUCAUAGUUUGGAUUUUAAAACUGUAAAAUAAGCUUUCCUCUAGAUUGAGUAUUUGCUCUAAAUAGUAGUCGCACGAUAUGGUUACCGCCACUGCUAAUCAUCUAUUAAGGGGUUAUGAUACCACUAACAUCUGUAAAAUUGCCAUUAUUUUUGCUUGUAAAUAUAACAAAUGAUAUCUAGCUUCACACUAUAUUUGAAUGCCUUUUUUUCCAGAUUGUGUCGUGCUGUAUGACUGAGCCAGGCUUUUGGACACUUCUAAUGCAUCCUUUAUAACCAUGGAAACACUCAGACAGGACAGCCAAUGGGAUUGAAGAAUUAACAAUGUUGUAUCUAUGUGAUGUGCCAAGCCGUCUCCACACAGCAGCCUUACCUCAAUACACUGUAAGAUCAAGCCCGGUUUUCAUUAUGCAGUGUUUAAAGAUGAUGCAUUUUCACUCAGAAGACAAUGGCGAGUCAUCAGUGACAUCAGAGGCAGAGGUUUUAAAGUGUGUGUGUAAAAUGGACUGUAAAAUGAAUGCAAAAGCAGCGUCAAAGGUGUGAUAAACAAAAUACAGUACAUUUAACACUGACGUCGGUAAACAGGAGAAACAGUGGACCAAGAAAUAAUGUGUCGACAGGGAUAAAUGGUUCUUGUAAAAGCGCACAUCCAUAAAUAGGAACACUGUAGAAAAGUGGAAUUAAGAAGUGAAAUCUUUUAAACUUUUACUGCUCUUAUUUUGCAUUUUUCUAUUGCCAUUUGUGACAGGUGACAGAGGUGUUUUCUUUUUACUGUUUCUGUUUACAGACACCAUUCAUUUAUUCCUAGUUGAGUGAUGUUUUACAGUGAAAUGGUACUUGAGUAAAGGUUUUUAGUAACUCACUAUUUAGCAGACUUUUUCCCAAAACAGGUUUUUACCCAUUUAAACUUUGAACUUCUAUGAUCCAUACUCAUAUUCUCAGCCACUCUACCCACCCUGGCCUAUUGCACCAAAAUAUAAUAAUCAGUGCUCAAUCACUCUGUACCUGCCAUUAUGUGCUUGUGGUCAACAACAAUUGCACAUCCAACUCUAAAACAUGCAGGCGUUAGGUAAAGUGUCUUGCUGAAGGGCACAAUAACAGUAUUCAGUGACCAUAGCAAAUGCCACAACAAAAAAGAAAAAAAAGAAAAGGAAUCUACAGUAUAUGAUAGGUUUGUUUUAAUUUUAAUGAAAGGACUAAAAAUGUAAAUUAGUUUGUAAAUUAGACAGAUCAAUGACUUUACCUAAUAGUGUAUAUAGUAUAUAAUGAAAAUAUAGUGGGUAUGUUGGUCCAUUUUUACUGUCUGCCAAACUCCAGUAUGUAAAGAGCACACGAACAAAAUAACUACUCCAGUUUGCAGUUCAACAACGGUGCUCUCUCAUCACUAACCACUUAAGUCUGCCUAUAUUUAUUGACAUGUGUAUAAAUACUUUCUGUACAGUUUGCUUUGUCGUUUCAAGACUACCAAUGAAGUCAGUGAAUUCACACUGUGGAAAAACUACUUCUAUGUGAAAAAGUGUAUGUAAUGUUGAAUGUGAAAAUACACGAUAUAUUUGCUUGUGUCUAUAUAUGCUUUAUUAAACCCCCAGUGGCAUUUUC